AUGCUUACUUCAAAUGCCAUGUUUCAGGAUCAAACAAGCAAUUGCUGGAGCUAUGGAAGCAUUAAUCAUCCAGCAAGCCAAUCUAGGAAGAUGUCAAUUGGAGUUGUGGUAGAUUCAAUAGCAAAGAAAAAGUCUGGAUGUGCAAAGGAAAGGGAGGUUGUGGUACCAAAUGCAGAAACAGAAAAUGCUAACUUAGCGAAUACCAUAGAGGGUAAGUUCAACGGGGAAGAAGUUACAGCUGCCAAAACAACAAAAGAAACUAAAACUCCAGAGCAGGUGGGUUCCCCAUGGAUCAGUACUAGACCCUUUCACAAAGACAUACCGACUUCAGAUGCUGCUCUUCAUGCAAAACAAGCCAAUAAUUUAUCAUCUGUUGGUAAGAGGCAGUACAGACUUGACGGAGCAAGGAACACACCACUUAAAUAUUCAGUUGAGAAUUCCGCAAACAAGACCUCAAUUUUACAGUUUGGUGAUGACACACAUAAGCAGUUUAGUGGAGUUACCUACAGAAAGAGGGAACUGAAUAAUGGGAAAGUGGAGGAAGUUAAGGAUAUCACAUUUGCAACUGCGCAGGAAGUUAUUACACCGGAUAAGGAGGUGCUAGUGGACAAAACAGAUGCACAAGAAAACACAAGAACUGAAACUCUCAGAAUGAAGCUUUGGAAUAUAUUGGGAGCUGCUGCUUCACCUAAUGAUCAGCACACCAAAUCUCAGGAGCUUGAGGUUGGUGAUGAUAAUUUAAAUCCUCAACCACAAUUUGAUCAAAUGGCUGAUGUCGUCAAGCUAAAAAAGAAUUCUGAUGAACCAGAGGACAAGUACAUGGAAAAGGGUGAUGCAUUUAUUAAACCUACGCAAAAUUCAGAUACUAUAGAAACAGACUCUGAAAGUCCUGAGAACUCUGUCAGGAGACCUGUCACUCGAUCUUUGAUUCCAAAGAGAGCCCGAGCCAAAGUAGGGAAGACAACUGCAAAGCCUGCCCCAUCUUCUGGUUACAAACGGAAACAGCGAGAUAAUGUAUUUUCUUUUGAACAAGAAUGCUUUGAGACACUACAAGAUUCUGCUGGAAAAUCCUCAAAGUUUCAGAAGAAGAGAGAGAAUACAGGUUUCAGAAAAGAGAUUCAUGAGGUCUGCUUUCCUGAAAAGGAUAAUUCAACUAAGAUUCAGCAAGCCAUUAAUAGGAGAGGAAAACGACCACCUGCUAAGAAAGCUUGCCCUGGAGGUACUAAAGUAGGAGAUUUUCAUGGUUAUCUACCUGACAAUCUUGAACCAGAGAAAACUAUCACAGAGAAAGAAAUCAGGUUUCAGAAGAAGAAAGAGAAUACAGGUUUCAGAACUGAGACUCAUGAGGUCUGCCUUCCUGAAAAGGAUAAUCCAACAAAGAUUCAGCAAGCCAUUAAUAAGAGGGGAAAACGACCAUCUGCUAAGAAAGCUUGUUCUGGAGAUACCAAAAUGGCAGAUUUUCAAAGUUCUCUACCUGACAAUGAAAAGGAGUUUCCUGAACAGGAGAAGACUACCCCAGAGAAAGAAAUUUACCACUCACCAAUCAAAAGCAAGAAAUUUGGGGAUAGUGACAAAUCAGAGAGUAGGAACCAACGACAAGAUAGUGAAAAUCCAAGCUUCAAGGAUGCUGUAAAUCCAGAAGAUAAUUUUCUAAGUCCAACUUUUGGAAUUAGAAGAUCUGUGUCAAGUUAUUCUCCCAGCUCAAUCCCAAAAUCUGACCAAAGGGCAGAUUGUAGUAGUCCUGCACCAAUGGAGAGGCGAUUUGUUAUUGGAGAUAUUCACCGCUUCAGAACUUCCUCGACUUCAAAACAAGAUUUUUCUGAAAAUGCUCAAACACAGUCUUCUGAUGCCGCUGAGGAGAUCAGGGAUUCCCCGAUGAAAACAACACCUGACAUGGAGAACAAUGAUGCAGAAUCUGGCCUAUCUUUAUCAUCAUCAGAAGAGAGGGACUUGGAGACUUUUGAAGAAGGGAUUGGAGAAGAUAAGUGCAUGGAGGAACCUUCAGAGCCUAUUGAAGUGGAUGGAUUGGCUAGGGCUGUUGAACUAUUUGCUUUGGGACUAGCAAAACUAAAAACCAAAAUGAAGACAGCAACUACAAGGAAAUCAUCUGAAAUCCUGGCAUCUGUUGCUGCGGAGGUUCAGUUGCAGCUGCAGAAUGUAGAGUCUCAGAUUCAAAUGGACAUGGGAAAGCUUACAAACCUUAGCAAAUUAAAGAGAAAAAAGCUGGAAACAAGGUUUGAAGAGCAACAAGGACAACUGAAAGUCAUUUGUGACAAGUUCAAGGAACAGGUCAAUCAGCAUCUUCAGGAUUGCGGAAGUACAAUUGAAGGUCUGGAAGUGUACCAGACAGAGUUCAAGGGAACUGUGGAAAAGCAAAAAGCAUCACACCGAAAGCUUGUCUCACAAGUGGAAGAAGCAAUUGAGAACCAACUGAACGAUGCCCAAAAAAGAAUCAAAGUCAUGAACGAGACGAGACGUGGACAGAUGCUCCAGUUAAAGCGCCAACUAGCUUCCUGUUUGAGAGAGGGAAUCCUGAGUUGAUGAGUGUGAUGUGUACAGCUGCACUGGGAAACAAAUAGGACUUGGCUUAUAGUUGGAGACAGGCGUGGGCAUUUGCUUCUCGC